UAUAUGCAUCACAGUCAUGUCCAUGCAUCACCCUCUACACUUCCAUGAAUAUCCAAAAUUCCCAUUUAACCAUACCCACCACCUACUUUCAUGGCCAACUCCUAAAUUGAAUCUCUUUCAAGUUCUAGUAGACAUCCACACCCACUAUACCUCUUUAACCAAAACCCACCUCCAAUUCCUUGACCCUCUAUUAACUCAUUUCUUGCUUGCUUCUUGAUCAGCCUCAAAUUGCUUCUAGAGGGACAUUUUAUUCUCAUUGCUUGUUGGAAUAAGUUUCGUUGAAUUUGUGUGUUGGAACAUACAUCAUUGGCUUGAAAGUUUUUGGAGAGCAAAACUAACGUUUGAUUUUGAGAACAUUAUCAAUAUGGGAAAACAAGGGCCUUGUUACCACUGUGGGACUCAUAGCACUCCACUAUGGCGAAAUGGACCACCUGAAAAACCAGUGUUAUGCAAUGCUUGUGGAUCAAGGUAUAGGAUAAGAGGAACCCUUGCAAACUAUGCACCUAAACAUGCUCAAUUACACCCACUUGCUAAAAGAGCAAAAAUAAUUAGCUCAAAAUCACCAGUUCCAAACAAAGGCAACAACUUGAGAAUAAAAGAAGAAGAGGAGGAGGAGGGAGAUUGCUUUACUGAUAAUGUUUGUUACUCUACUGAUUCUGAUGAUUCUACAAGCCAUAACUCUAUCUCAGAUGACUCUGCUGUAUCAUAUUCUCAGAACUGUUACAAUGUAGAAGAAGAGGAAGGAGAUGGGAUUCAAGGUGAAACCCAAGGAAGCUUGUGGAAGACAAGUGUACCUUCAAGAAAGAGAUCUCUAGUGGUACAUCGCAGUCUUACACCCAUAGAAAGAUUCCAAAGAGAUCUUUUUAAUAUUCUGAAGUACGAGGAGGUGGGCCGUCCCAACCUGUCUGAAGAUUUGCUCAUCUAUGAUGCAAAUAACCUCCAGAUAUCAUGCAAUGAGAUAGGCCUUGGAACCAUUCUUCUUGCUCCAAUGGAAGCAGCAGUUGAUGAGACACUCUCUUCUCCUUCAGAUGUCAGGAUUUCUGGCUUCAACGAGUCUCAGAAUAGAUCCUCACCCAUGGAUGAACUUAAACUCAACAAAAACAACCUGCUGCUGUUAGCCCAAUGUCAGUCCAAGAAAUCAAAAAAAAGCUGUCAUCAUCAACAUCAAAUUAGUUGAAAUAUAUGAACAGUAGCUUUUGGCAUUUGAUACAACAACUGUAUUGGGCUGACCCACAUAUCCUACAAUAAUAUGUAUGAAUUGUUCAUGGCUUAGAUUGUAAUUUUCCUUUCUUUUUUUUUUUUUAAAUUUGUCAAUAAACUAAGGUUAUAUUGUCGUUUUCAUAAUUUAAAAGAAUUCUCUUCUUUGAGCAUUAUUUGAAAGCUAUAUACCUUUUGUACCCAUAAAUGUCUCAACUAUUAUUUAUCCAUAACUAAAUAUAUUAUUACUUCUCUUGUACAAUUCUUUUCUUGAUAUAUCCAAGUAACCAUAUUCUUAUUCCAAAUUGUCUUCAAAUUAUUGUAAAUCCAUAUACUAAUUAUUGACAAUUUACCAGCAAUUGUGAAAAAUAUAUUAUUUUCAUUUAUAUUAUAUUAAUCCAUUGCAAAUUUAAUUUUUAUUUUUAUUUUUUAUAUUAAAAUAUAUUUGAUAACUGUAGUUAAUUAAAUAU